AUCUUGGCAAUGCGCUAUCCAAGAAGGCUUGUCUUAGCAGGUUGUUUAAUGGCCUUAAUUGUGAUGACCAUCUUAUCUGCCUUGCUUGGUUGGGCUGCACCAAAUCUGAUUUCUCGCAAAUGGACGCACCAUGUGACAACUGUGUUGUUCUUUAUAUUUGGAUUUUGGUCUUUAUGGGAAGGAUUUACAGAAGAUGGGGAAGUUGAAGAGCUGAAGGAAGUGGAGGCGAAACUGGAUGCUGACUGGAAAGCUGGCACAGGUGGCACCAAUGGAGGUUCUAAGGGGGAUAAUGAUUUAAAGAAACAACAGAGACCAUUUCUGACACAGUUCUUCUCACCCAUAUUUCUGAAGGCAUUUUCCAUUAGUUUCUUUGGUGAGUGGGGUGAUAAGAGUCAGAUUGCUACAAUUGGUUUGGCUGCUGAUGAACACCCAUUCGGUGUGGUUCUUGGGGGCAUCAUGGCACAGGCAUUGUGUACUACAGCAGCUGUUCUUGGUGGAAAGAGCUUGGCAUCCCAAAUAUCUGAGAAGAUGGUUGCACUCUCCAGUGGGGUACUUUUCUUAGUAUUUGGCCUCCACUCCUUCCUGUCAGUAGAGUCUUGAUCCUCGCCUGCUGCCUUUUUUGUGUUCGAAUACUUGUCUGGUUGAAUACAUUUUGCUUUUCCUUUUCAUUCCAAUACAUAAGUCAUAGGAUGUCAUUUGCACAAUAGCUGUCUUAUGUCUCUAAUUUUUUACACAAUAGGAGUUAUUCUCACAGCUUCAUUUAUGACAUUUUGUCAAUUCAGUGACGAAUACAUUACCAUUUAUUAUCAAUAUGAUCACAAAUGUUACACCUAU